AUGGCAAUUGGUAGAUUGUCAAGAUGUACAAUGCUACAAAGAUUACUUUCAAUACUUCCUAAAGGCGUCGGCCUUGGAAGUGCUAAUGUUGUUAAUUCAAGCUCAAUUAUCAAACGCAGCAUUUGCAGCACAACGACAUUAUGGAAGAAGAAGAUGCCAGACCGUCCAGCACCCAUAGAUGAAGCGGAAUUUACAGAGGUAUUCUUGCAUGGCAGCGGGCCUGGAGGUCAGAAAAUCAAUAAAACCUCCUCCGCGGUCCAGUUAAAACAUAUUCCAACAGGUAUGGUUCUCAAAGUUCAAGCCACCCGCUCUCGUACACAGAAUCGCAAAAUUGCCCGGCAAAUGCUGGCGGAAAGGGUUGAGCUAUUGGAGAAAGGGAAGGAGAGUAGGGUUGCGAUUGUGGGGGAGACGAAAAGGAAAAAGAAGAGCAGUGCAGUGAAAAAGAGUAAGAGAAAAUAUCGACUACUGGCGGAAGAGAAAGCAGCGAAAGCAGAGGAGGACAAGGUAGAGGAACAAGAGGAGCUUGACGAGGAUGACGAGGAUGACGGGGAGAUUUUUGAAGGCAAGGAAACUUCGACGCAAGAGUCAUCAAAGAAAGGGGCGUGA